AUGGUUGUUAAAGCAGUAAUUGAUACCGGGUAUUUUAUACAUCAAAAACUUAAUUUAGAUGAAAUAGAUGAAGGAUAUAUAACAGAUGGUGUAUACGAGGAAAUUAAAGAUAAUUUUGCAAGAGAAUUCUUUGAGUUCAUGACAGUUAAAAUAAAACUUAGAAAUCCACAAACAGAUUCAAUAAACGAAGUGAAAAAUAUAAUAAGUGAAAGACAUUUGAAUUUAAGUGAAACAGAUAUUGGAGUUGUUGCACUUACAAUAGAACUUAUGGAAGAAGAUUCUAUGAAGUGGAUCACCAAAGAAAAUAUUAAUAAAAUUAAUAAAGUACUGUGUUUAACAACUGAUAACGGUGUUAAAGCAGCAUUAAAGUUAAUAGAUUUAUAUGAAGACAAAAAUUUUGGAAGUAAGAAGUUUAAAUUAAGAUGUUAUACAUGCUAUACAGUUUUUGAUAAAGAUAUAAAAAUCUGUAGUGAAUGUGGGUAUGAAACAAUAACAAGAGUAACUGUGAUUGAAAAAGAAGGAAAAGAACUUAUUUGUUUAAAGAAGGGAUAUAUUCCAAAAAGGAAAUAA